GAAAUAAGAAUCUUCAUAUCUAAUAGGACAUACUUCCGGUGAAUAUCGGCUAAUGUUUUCCUGUGUUAAUCUAGUCUCAGCUUAGACACUGUUUGAGUUGCUAGUAUGACACAUGUACGCUACAUUAGUCAUUUAUUUAAGACAUUGUUUUAGAAGAUUCGAGUUGUUGUUAACCAGAAGGCCCUUUUCACAUUUUAGUGCUUCGGUGGGCGUCUGCUACAGUUUCUUGUUUCUUCAUCACUGGGUGAUGGGUGAAGUCGAACGAUGACUUCAUCGUAGGAUUAUUAGUUUCUGGACAGCGCACGAGGAAAGAAACACGUAGCCAACGGAAGCAGCGCACUAGUGUAACAAAACAGUUGUGAAAUUUUUGGCAGAAGAAGAGAACGGCUUUGCACAGCAGACCAAGGUACAAGUCGUUCGUCCAAAGAUGAGUCUGGAAAGCCCCGACAACGAGAAGAACUUCCCCGGUUUGUACAAACAGAGCAGCUUAUCGGAACCAGCCACAGAAGAGGAUGGAGAGUGGGGAGGACUAGGGAAGAAACGAGAUGCAAGUCGCAAGCGCGAUGGGAAGAAGGACAAAAAAGAGAAAGGCUACACAAUGUUUGAAGAAGAGGAGUCAGAGGAGGAACUAGUGGUACCAGAUGAUGUAAAGAGUCCCACCAAAGCAAAGAAGGUAAAGGCAGGGUUCAAGUUUCCAGCCAAAACUGAUAUUUUUCCUCGCAUGAAACAAAAGGAUGAAAAGAAAGACAAAGAAGCAAAAAAAGAGGAAAAGGAGAAAAAGAAAGAAGAAAAGGAAGUAAAGAAACACAAAAGUAAAGAGAAGAAAAAGCAAAAGCUAAGUCACAUUGAGAUCAAACCUGUUGCUGUUGCAAGUGCAUGUGAAAAUCCCAUCUUUGGGAUCCCACUUGCUUUGGCUGUGGAGCGUAAUAAAUCCCACGAUGGUAUCGAGCUGCCAGCCAUUGUUCGAGAGUGUAUUGACUAUGUGGAGGAGUGUGGACUUACAUGUGAAGGCAUUUACCGCAUCUCUGGUGUCAAGUCUAAAGUGCAACACUUGAAGGACUGCUACAACAAGGGUAUGCCUGUGGAGCUGGUUGAACAUGAACCUAAUGUGGUUGCCAGCCUCUUAAAGCAGUUCUUGCGAGAGCUGCCAGAACCAGUUCUCACCACUGCACUCAUGCCCAAGUUUGAGGAGGCCUCAACCAUUAAAAAUGAACAUAAAAAAGUGGAGACAUUUAUUCGACUUAUUGAAGAUCUCCCUACCUGUAACCGUCUGCUUCUUUCCUGGAUGAUAGUUCACAUGACACAUAUCAUUGAGUUGCAAAAAGAAAACAAGAUGUCACUACAGAAUGUCUCCAUUGUGUUGAGCCCUACCAUGCAGAUUAGCCACCGGGUCCUCAAUGUUCUUUUCACCUACGCUCACCAAAUCUUCAAAGACACCUACCUCAAAAAGUAUGUUCCACCCUUAAAGCCAGCAACUUCUCGAUGGUCACUGGAGCUUCCAGAUAGUACUGGGGCACUAGAGGAGGAGGUGGCCAAGCAAGAGUCCCUGCUAAACCAGCUCCAUGCAAGACUGAAUGCAGGUCACGGUGACAUUUCUACAGAGGAGCAGCUGUGGGAGGUACAGCGAGUCGUCACUCAGCUGAAACGGAAGAUCAAGCUUGCUAAGAAAUCCCAAGGAACAGCAGAAAGGCGUCGAAAGGAUGUGGAGCAGAAGCGCUCAUCACAGCUGUCUGAAACUGAGGAACUGCAUCUGGAGCUGCGCCAGGCACCAUCACCAACACCAGAAGCCACAACUACCAUCACAGUGGAACGCCACAAAGAGCCCAAAGCGUCGAAGACCCAAGAGACUGAAAUGGAAGGACAAAGGGAUGACAAGGAUGGUGAAGACUUGAAGACAGAAUCCCCCGAGAAUCCUGCUGAUGCUGCAGAGGAGGGGGAGAAAAAGCCUGAAGAGAUUUCAGUUCAGGAGAGUGUAGAGGAUUUGGAAAAGCAGGGAGAGAAAAAUUCAGUGGCAGAGGAAAAUGAAGAAGAAGAAAAAGAAGAAAAGAGAAGCUCACAAGAGAUUCAAAAGAUUGAGAAGAGGCAGUCUCAAGAGAUGGAGUCAGGGGAUAAGCUCAAACCACACGAGCCCAGAGCAGCAGAAGCCAACUCAAAGAUGGUCGAUAGUCAGGAGGUGAACUGGAGAAGUCAGGGAUCGGAGAUGGACAAAGUGAGGUUGUGCGAGGCACAGCCAUCACCUGAGGAAAAGGCUGGUGAGCCACAGGCUGCUUCUAGGGUGGUUCCAGGGGACAACAAGGAUACCUCUGAGGAGCAGCAGGCCCAGGAGGGUUCAGAGAUCAAGCAAGAAAGCUCUCUGUUAUCCAGAGAAGAGGGUGAUGUACGAGGGACAACAGAAGAGGAAGAGGAGGAGGCUGAAAAAAUUCCACCAUCCAAGCUGUCAGACUCUAUGAAAGGUGGGGGAGAAAUGGGAACUUUGAGCAGGAAGGAACAGCAAGAGUCAACUAUUUCAGCACCAGAAGCUCAGGAGAAUGCACAGCUACCUGUAUCAUCUGUUAAAGAGAAAAUGCAACCAGCUGUAGCAGCUCUUCAAGAGAAAACACAGCCACCUAUAACACCUGUGCAGGUGGUUGUGGAGGAAAAAGAGGUGAAACCACGAGGACCAGUGCAGGUGCACCCUCAUCUUUACCUGACCUUGGAACCACUACAGCCCAUCAAGGCACAGCCUCUUAAACCACGGCGAGACCGACCAGAAAAGGCUUUGGAAGAAUCUCAGCACAAGACUGCAAAACUGCGAGAGUUGGAAGAAGAACUUCUGGGAGGGGGUCAGAGGGAACCUGAAGAAGAGGAAAAAGAACAAAUCGAUAGAGAGAAGACUGAAACCGGUGAUGAGGAGUAUGACUCCGAUGCAACCCAGGACGAGGAACUGGAGCGGCUGAUAGAGGAGGAGUUUGCCCUGCGUCUGGAGGAGGAGGAACUCCUGGCUAUUGGAGACGAGCUUCACAAGAAAAUUGAGACAGAAGAGAGUGAGAUUGAGCGACUUCAGCAAGAGAUUCAGGAGCUGCAAUAUCUGCGUCAUGACUCAGUGGAGGACAUAUCAUCUGGCUCCGACUCCAGCUACGAAAGCGAAGAUGAGGAAGACCUGGCAGACAUGCUGUCAACACUGAUACACGACAACUUGCAGCUAGAGAGAGAAAAUGCAGACCUUUGUCAGAAGAUUCACGAGGAGCGAAUGAUUUGUCUGAGUGUCAAGCUGCAAAUCCGCCUCCUGCAGCAGAAACAGCUGGAGUCCUCUCAAAGUAGCAUUCUAAUUGAGUCUUGAGCAGCUUUUAAGCUCCGAAGAACAGAUAUGAUCAUAUCAGAUGUCAUCAUUUCUUCCAGCUCCAACACCUUCUCAAGUAUUUGCUGGGAUCUGAUGGAUAAUUGGAUGGUUUACUUAAAAUUUUGGUUACUGAUAAGGUACAUGGGAGUCUAAGUUUCGGUUAAAAAGACAGAUAUUAUCACCCAUUUUAAAUAGUUGCCUUCAAAGGGAAAGCAUGGAACACCUAACUUUGAUGAGGAGUACAAAUUAUAGUCUGUUGUGUUCUAAAGUAGCUGAGUUUGUGAAGCUGUUGUGGGCAUCGGUAUUUCUCUGAGAUUUUGUUUUAAGGCUGGUCAUUUCAAAAGCAUGCUGAGAUCCAUUAACAAGCAACUGACAAGAGACAGAGAUCCUCUGAAUGCUACUUUCUAAAUGUUAGUAACUAUAAAUACCAUUGUUUGAAUGUCAGCGUCUGUUAAGUUUGGCCCAGUUUUUAUGCAUCUCCUUUGACAUCUGCUUUCUUGCUGAUGGUUACAUUCCCUGUCACUCUGUUUUGUUUCUGGGUCUUCUAGCCCAAGUGUUAGCUGCAAUAUGCAUGGAUGUCAGUUUACACUGAACAAGCUGCAUGUAUCUGCAUUUCCAUGGCAAGGAAGGUCACGUGUGGCAUUUUAUGAUUUAACUGCAGCAGCAUUGAGCGAAAAAUUGUUUCUGUCAGAUUUAUGAUUCAGUUGUACUCUUGUACAAACUCUGGUUUGAACAUUCAUGAUGCUAUUUAGAGCAGACUGUAGGAACUUGAGAGUAUAGGUCUUUGUACACAUUAUGUAGGUUUGUGUAUGCAUGCAUUAGAGAGAAUGUGUAUGUGUGCAUGCAUGUGCAUGUGUACAUAUUUGCUUAUAUGGAUAGUAAAAAUCAAAUGAAGGUUUGCUUGCUUACUAGCAUUAACUAUUGUGGCAGAAUCUGACAUUCUGAAUUUCCUAACACAAACGCACAUGACAAAAUAAUUAAAAGCAUGCUAUGAAGAAAUUUUAUCUAAAAGGUAAGGGCUGGUCAUUCAACAGAAUCUUUAUGUUUUUGCCUGUUUUGUUACACUAUUGUAAACACUCUUCUACAUGGAAUCUCAAUUGUGUGUCCUACUCCCAUCGCAUAGCUGCUCUUCCAAAACUGUAUUUUGAUCUGAUUUGUGGAUUAAAAGAGAAAGUCCAAAACUAUUUUUGUCCAUAUUUGCAUUGUUAUAAACCACUUUUUAAGUCAUUGACUUAACUCCAUUAUCAAAACAUCAGAGAGUAAAAGGGCAGUUAAAGCACAUGCAGUUUAGCUUUCAUCUUUAGAGCUUGUGCCUGUCAUUUUAUGAUAUACAUGCAAGCAUUUCUCAGAAAUCUAUCAGUACAUGGAGGUACUUCGCAAACAUACUUCUGUUUUGGUGAGGUAUUCCCUAGCAUUGUAGAUAAUUUCAUAUUUAUACAUGUGCAGAGAUGAUGGAAUGUGCUUAUAAUGCACCUCUUUAUAAAGAAAGUCACUCUUUGCUCGAACAUGCUCUUUGAGCCAGGUCAUCAAGGGUUGCUUGAUGCUCUGCAAAUGCAACUACCUGCCAUAACUCAUGUCAUUAUGAGUCACAUUUUGUUUGUCCUUUUGUACAGAAUUGUUGUUUCUUAUAGUGUGUGCAAUAGUUCCAGUUUCAUCAUAACUACAUUAUCAUUUUGUUUGUCCCAGAUAGUCUUGUUUUGUAAUGCAAGGUAUUCACAGAUUUAUACAUUCUCUUUCUGCUUUUUUUGUAUUAUAUACGAUACAAAAGUAAGAAAUUCCAUAUUUUAAUAAACUGUUAAAAUGUGGUGAUGUUUAUUACUGGAUACGUUUUUUGUUGUAUGGAAUAACAAAAAACAAAAAAAGUUGUCAGUGUCACAGUGGAGUAAGAUAUUAGAAAUGAUGUCCUUGGCAUUUGUACUUGUCAUGUUUUGGGGUUUUUUAAAACUGAUGUGAACUGUUUCUGUGGCAUUUCUGAUCUUUGCUCACUCCUUGCAUACACUCCCCUCAUGUACCAACACCAAUACUCACCUAAUUUCCCAAUAUCAUAUUGUUCAAACACUGUGUGAAGUGUAAGAUUCAGCCUGUUUGCCUCUUUGAUCAUCUUUUCAACAGCUGCUCUACAAUGAGCUUAGUUGUGCUCACCAGCUGUCACAUGGCAUUAACUUUGUGUAUGCAUUUUGUCGAUGUUGUGCUUUUUCUGAACAAAUAACAGUUGUAAUUGUUAAUGUUCUAUGUCAAAUUUACCAGAUGAAUGAAAUCUACUUUGUAUCUAAAGGCAUGUCACUUUUUUUUUUGGACGAAGUUAAAUUUGUGGAGGUUUUUUUAAACUUUUGGGAUAAUCUACAUUCUUAUUAUAUGGUUGUAAGUUGGUCUUAUGUUCUGUUUCCUAUUAUGGGCAUAAGACAAAAGUAAACAAAGCAAUAGCUUGGCUAUUGACCUUUCUUUUCUUUGCUUUCCUCCAGACCGACUCACUUUCCAUUCUUUCACUUCCCACAUUCCUUUAUUAGAAGGUACAUUAUUAUGGUAAAUUUGGAGCAUUGUUGUUGUCAUGAGUGUCCCGGUUUGCCUGUUUGAAACUUUUAAUGUCACUUAGGAUCACUGCUUACAAUCUGCAUUAGGGAAAGUUGUAAUCUAGUCUAGCCCUGUUCCAGGUAUUAUACUCCACUAGUGAAUGCUGUGGUGAUAUUUAAUGUGGGCCUGUAUCAGGUAUGUGUGACUGGUGAACAUCAUGGCGAUCCAGCCUUGGGCCAGACAUUAUCACAAGAGCUAUGUUCAAGUGUGAUACAACACUAUCUAUCACACUAUUUAUAUUAUACAUUGAAACCUCUUCAAUUAUCAGUAUUAAUGAUAAUUAUGUUCUUGUAAAUAUUUAUUGUCACUGAUACUGCUUUAGGUUAUCUGGUAAUAAAAUUUGUCUGGCUCAUGCUAAAUACUCACAAA